AUGAAGCUCCUCUUCUACUUGGGUGUCGUCCCACUCGUUCUUUUCUACAUCGCCAACUUCUUGUUCACCACCUGGCUCCCUUCAAACUUCAUAUUUGACCAUGCUGAGGUCCAACUGAUCUGUCAACAGGUCCUCGCUAAACACGCUGGCCUCAACACCACCACUUUUGAACUCUUCCAAGACGUACGUAACGAACUUGCUGCCGUGUACGGUUCACAAUACAUCAAUGAGUUAAAUCAUGACGAAUGGGUGUUCAACAACGCCGGCGGGGCCAUGGGGACCAUGUUCAUUCUCCACGCUUCGAUCUCCGAGUACUUGAUCUUCUUUGGUACUGCCACUGGUACUGAAGGUCAUAGUGGAAUCCAUUUCUCCGAUGACUAUUUCACCAUCUUGCAAGGGGAACAGUACGCGUCAUUUGCCAACGGGUUGGAAAAAGAAGUGUACCUCCCAGGUGAUCAACACUGGUUGAGAAAAGGUACCAUCAAGCAAUACGCAAUGCCUUCUGAAAGUUAUGCUUUGGAAUUGGCUCAAGGUUGGAUCCCAACUAUGUUGCCAUUUGGGUUCGCCGAUCUGUUCUCGAGUACCCUUGAUUUGUACAACUUUGGGUACACUGCAUACUUUACCGGUAGGGACAUGUUGAAGAACUUGAUUAUCAACAAGAAGUUCUAA